AGGCUCAAGCUGAAAUGCCUGUGCUUUGGCACCGCAAAGUGCCUGGAAUACCUUGUUGCAGCCGUUAAGCCAAGGCUCCUGAGGAGCUGCUCUUUGGUCAUGUCGCUGUUUUGCUGCGAUGGCGGGGGACCUUGUGCGCAAAGUUCGCGGAUGAGGGUUGAAACCAAUGGACCAGCUCCUAUAGUACCAGAUUCAUCGGGGAGGGUAAGCACGAUGCUGUUUGUAUCCAGUUCUCCUGACUGGCCUUUGCCCAUGCUUCAAGAUUGGGACAAGCUGGGAGCAAGGGAAAAGGAGGUUGUGCAAGAAAAGCUGGAGAGUAUAGUUAAUGCCUUCGCUCGCGAGCUUACGAGGGGAAAGGUGUUCAUGAAGCUCGGACGAAACGGACGCCUUUUCUACCGUCUUUGUACCCUGGACAAACAGCUCACAGCUUUUUCCAUGCAUAUCAAGGGAGCCAUUGUAGAGUACCCAUUCAGCCAUAUGCAACAUAUUAGCUUUGGCUAUGAUCUAACCGACUUCACUCAUGUGCCAGUCUCCCUGCCUUCAGAUGCUUUGGCAGCUGUGAUUGUGAUGGACAAUCGGCGCAUGAAUUUGGUGUUCUCCUCUCCAAUGGAACGGGACGAGUUCGUCACCUGCAUGCUGGUUCUCAAGGAGCGGCACAGGCGAAACAAUUCCUGACGACUCUGUUGUGCCAAGCAUGAAUAGCCUGAUGGGCUUUCAUUCCGGGGCCUAGUUGCAGCCACUGUUUGGGCUCAUAAGGCAAACUUUUGAUAUUGUUUCUACUCCA